UUGAGCUGAUAGCAAAAACAAUCAACGUCAAAGUAAUUUUGGGCAAACACUUGAGCUAAUUUAAAAAUUUCAUUUAUUCAAUUACCUGGACUGAGCUAAAGUAAUUAGAAACUUGAUCGAAAUACCACAUUUUGAAAACCAUUUUGCUCUAGUAUUCGUCGAGUUCUCCUAGUCUGGAACCCCUUCUUUUGACAAGUCAUUCGCGAUCGAGCAAAAAUAUUUGUCAAUUAUCACCCGUACUUAAUUGAUCCAUCAGCCACCAUUAUACUCGUGCAGUGGUUAUCUUUUGGCGGUUGGGUUGUGUGUAUAAAAAACGGCUAAGCCACGGGGAACUCUUCAGUUCUGUGUCGUUCUCCGACUCCAGCAUAGCGCAGAAGAAUUGCUGACUAUCUCGUAAGUUGAGCUACCGAGCGAAACCCCCAUUUAUUACGCCAGAUUGCGUCAACAAAUCCAAAGAAAAGAUCCCUCAACCGUCGAAUGGACCUGUACUACACACCCGGAUCUGCUCCCUGCCGCUCUGUUCUGAUGACGGCCAAGGCCCUGGGCGUGGCGUUCGACAAGAAGACUAUCAUUAACACCCGUGCUGGGGAGCAAUUCAAGCCGGAGUACCUCAAGAUCAACCCGCAGCACACGAUCCCCACGCUGCAGGAUCACGGCUUCGCCUUGUGGGAGUCGCGCGCCAUCAUGGUUUACCUGGUGGAGAGGUGCGGCAAGGACGACAGGCUCUUUCCCAAGGACGUGCAGAAGCAGGCCCUGAUUAACCAGCGCCUGUACUUCGACAUGGGCACCCUCUACAAGAGCUUCUCCGAGUACUAUUACCCCCAGAUUUUCCUGAAGAAGCCGGCCAAUGAGGAGAGCUACAAGCAGAUCGAGGUCGCCUUCGAGUUCCUGAACACCUUCCUCGAGGGUCAGACCUACAGCGCUGGAGAGGACUACAGUCUGGCGGACAUCGCCUUCCUUGCCACUGUGUCCACCUUCGACGUAGCGGGCUUCGAUUUCAGGCGGUAUGCUAAUGUGGCCCGCUGGUACGAGCACGCCAAGGAACUCACCCCCGGCUGGGAGGACAACUGGGCCGGUUGCCAGGAGUUCCGGAAAUACUUCGACAACUGAUCUUCGAAAUCUCGUAAAUUGUUGUUUUUUUCAAAUUUAUAUGCACAAAACAAUCUUGUUCAAAGUCACCGAAGCAAAUAGUUCUGUAGCAAUGAAAUACAGUAGUUUCCUGUUUGAAAUAGUUGGUAAUUAGUUUUUCUUUUGUCUACUAUUUAAUAGUUUAACUAUUAUUGACAAAGUUACGUUUAUGUGGCUAAUUUCUUAAAAAAAUAAAUAACAUUUUGUACAAAAAA